CGACCCAUUUCGCGCGGAGACCACUUUCUGUAGUCUUCUACUUCGCACUAUCCUUUCUCGGGUCUCCUCUCCCCCCUCCUUCUCUCUCUCGCUCUCUCUCUCUCUAACCAUGAGUAUCAGUAUCAGUAUCAGCAUCGACGACUACCAGUUACCCUACGACACCCACAACCUCUACGACGUUAACUUCUACCACAACAAGAUCCACACACUGGUGACCCACACCCCUUCCUUCGUCGAUUCCUGGAUCUCCGAGACCCUAUCCCUCCACACCCCCGCCUACCCCUUCCGCUCCCCUUCCCUCCUCGUUGGCCUCGACAUCGAGUGGCGCCCCAACUUUGCCUCCCACCAAGACAAUCCCGCCGCCACCCUCCAGCUCUGCGUCGACCAACGCUGCCUCAUCUUCCAGCUCAUCCACUCUCCCUCAAUCCCUUCCUCCCUCAUCGACUUCCUCGCAAACCCCGCCCACACCUUCGUCGGCGUGGGCAUCCACAAAGACGUCGAGAAGCUGAUGGCGGACUACGGUCUGACGGUGGCGAAUGCCCUCGAUUUGAGGGUGCUGGCGGCGGAGGCUUACGGCGCGAGGGAGUUGAGGAAUGCCGGCUUGGUGGUUCUUGCGAGGCAGGUGUUGGGAGCGGAGGUUGUGAAGCCGAAGAGGGUUACAAUGAGUAAGUGGGAUAAUGUGUAUCUUUACCCUAAUCAGGUGCAGUACGCUUGCAUUGAUGCUUUUGUUUCUUUUGAGAUUGGUAGGAGCUUGAAUGCUGCUGGUAGUUAGGUGUUAGGGUUUUGAUCUGUUGAAGGAAAAAAAGGGGGGUUAAUUUGUGGGUUUCGUGAAUAGGUUUUUUUUGAAGGGGUGGGAUUUGGGGAUGAUUUGUGGUUAUGAUUGAUAAGUGUUUGGAUGGUUGGGCUUAUGUUGAAUCUUGAAGAUACAGUAUGUGUGGAGAACUUAUCUUUGAUUUUCAUGUGCAAAUGUUUGGUAAUUUUGUUUUAUGUUAGGUCCUGUUCGGUCGAUAUAUUCUAUGAGCAUGAUUUCUUUCUGGUGCA